AUGGAUCACAAGGUCCUUCGAAAGGGCCUUCGACUUAUGGAUGGCUUAGCUUUCGAUUCGAUCAGCCAGUUGUCCAUGGAUCCUGACAAUAUCCUCUCUCCUCUUAUAACUGCAGGACUUAGCAAUGCCACCCCAGACGAAGUUCAUGAAGCAAUCGUACAUCCAAUCAGAAUGCUCUUUCUUGUCGGUAUCAAUAAUAAAGAUGUAUACAUUCGUGUACGAGGUGACAGAUCUUUCUACUACCUUCUUCUAUCCGAAUGGAAUCCAGCAACUUUGGCUACUCCUUUCCCACCUGCACUGCUUGAGAAACUCGUCUCUUUGUUUGUCGGUGCACGUCGCCGUUAUCUGUCAGGUGAACAUUCUACAGAAGAAACCACGGACCUAACAACAGCCAUUGACGGAUUCAUCACAACCAUCGAUCAUGUCGAUAGCACCAUUGAAACAAGACGUGUGCCUAGCCUAAAAGCCCCUAAAGGCAUUAAAGUCACCCGUUCGUGGCCUCCUGACUACUUCAGCAAGCUCGAUAUCGCGAUACUAGCGGAGACGACAAUUCGGAAGGCGCUCUUCGGCAUCGAUCACGAUAAUGAAGGAGACGAGGAAGACACACUUUUGUAUCCACACGACCAGAGUCUUCCCCUAUAUGUUCGCAAGUACCUCUGCUGGUUAUCCUUGACUGAAACGAACCCGGAUUCGAAGAAUGCGCUGUUUCUUGCUCCUAUAGCAUUCACCUCCGACCAGCAGCGCCAAGAGUGGUACAAGCCUACUGGACAUAGGUCCCGCUUCUACGCCACAGUGGACGAGUUUCUCGACUACGCUAAGGUAGAGUUUGAGAAGACAGGAAAAGGAGCAAAGCACAAUGUAAUCGGUCUCCUUACUCCGUGGUUCUUUGACGUGGAAGAAGUUGAGUCAACAGCAGCAAGGAGAGACGAAGCUAUUCCUGUUGUGUGGGAGAAGAAAUGCUUCAGGGCUGGAAUGGCGCUUCGCCUAAGCAAAUUCGAACGGGAUGGUUAUCAGUGGCGUUAUCAGUUGACUAUGUUUAAGCCAGGCCUCCCUUACUAUCAGAAUGCAGCCGAGCCACAGAGCCGGCAAGGAAAGCAAGAUUUGUGGAUUGAGGAACUCCUAGAGAAAGUUAAUGAAUACUUCCAUGUGACGAGGGCGUGGAUUGGAGGUCAAACUCAAAACCAUUUUGAUCCUCCAUCUUCUCGUAAAGUCUCAGCUGACUCCGUUGAGCUAUCGAAUGAAUUCAUCACGGAAAUCAUGGAGAACCCAAGCUUGCUUCCCAUUACGGCGACAGAGCACGCGAAUAUGGGCUUUGAAUCUCUAAAAGGAUAUGAUUGA